GAACGCACACCUUCACAGCUGAAGGUUAGGAAAGUGAAAGUAAAAAAGGAAUGAUACGAGUCCAUAAGUAAGCAACCAUUCUCAGCUUUCAGGAUUUUUGUUAAUGUUAUUUGUAACAUGUUACAGGUUUACAUGUUUGUGAAUUUUAACAAAUUAACUUUUGACAGCAUUACAUCCUGGACAUCAUCUAUAGCAAGAAAGAUAAGUUGCUGUUCAGAGGGAUCCAAACCACCUCACUUUGUCUGUGCUGGGACUCAUUUCUGCCAUGGGAACGUGUUUCAGCAAAGAAGAGAGUAAGAGGGAACAAAUUGAGGAGUUAAAAAAGGAAAAUGUAACCCUGAGACAAGAGUUGAAGAAACUUCACAAUGAAUUUGGUGGUGAGAAUUAUGUUCUUAAAGAUGAUUUUGCAGAGAUCAAGAAAAUGACAGCUCAGGUAACUUUACCUGCAAUGCCUAAGAACAGCAGCAUAAAGACAAUUGUAGGGAAACGAGUGAGAUUUAUCGGGGAUGUGGAUGAUGUCACUGAGGAGUGGCCUGGUGUACUGGGAGAGCAGGAGUUCCACACUGGGAGACACUACUGGGAGGUGGAGGUUGGGGAGAAACAGUCCUGGAGAAUAGGCGUCUCCUCUAAACCAGUGGCUCAUGGAGAAGCAAACAGGGAGAUGCUGGGGGAGAGUUACUGGAUGCUGCAGUUACAGGAUGAACAGCUCUCAGCACGGUCAGCAGAGGGAGAGAUCAACCUGCAGAACGAGAAGCCUUGGAAAAUUGGGGUGCAUCUGGACAUUGAUAAGAAGAACAUUUCAUUCUACAAUACUGAAACUAAAACUCAGAUUCACUCUUUUUCUUUGACUGGGCAGCGCACCAUUGGAUUUGGGUUUUAUCCUUACCUCAGUCCGGGUUCAAAGGACAGAGACUUGCUUGCUAUUCUCACCUAAAUUGACAAGAUUGUCAUUUUACAAUCAUCUACUAGCAUUAGUAUGAUCA